AUGAGGCUUGCCACAAUCCUUGUCUUUUGCUCUUUAUUCAUGGGAGUCAGUGGUGAUGGCUGGUAUUCGUUCUUCAAGGAAGCCAUACAAGGCACUUGGGACUUGUGGAGAGCCUAUCGGGACAAUCUAGAAGCCAAUUACCAAAAUUCAGACAGAUACUUCUCUGCUCGGGGCAACUUUGAGGCCCAACAAAGAGGAGCUGGCGGCGUCUGGGCUGCUAAAAUAAUCAGCACCAGCAGGAAAUACUUUCAGGGUCUCCUAAACCGGUAUUAUUUUGGAAUGAAUGACCAUGGAUUGGAAAGCCUGGAAUCUACCCAGAAAGCUGAGGAAUGGGGUCGAAGUGGCAAAAACCCUAAUCGCUUCAGACCCCAGGGCCUGCCUGAGAAGUUCUGAGCCUGCUACACAGGCUGCACUGAGGGGACCAGGCUGUGAGCCGCAUCCUUCUCCCCUUGUUAGGAUGUCACUGGUGUCCACAGGAAUCACAGAGAGAUGCCCAACAAAUAGUUUGUGGAUGGAAUUUGUUGAUGGAAAUGGGGAACUGUCAAAAUGCUUUCUGGGAAGAAUUGCUAGGUAUCACAUAGAAGAUAAGUAGAGGAGGAGCUGUGACCACCAGGCAGUAGUCUGAAACCACGCAGGGCCCUCACACAACCCCACCAAAUCUGCUCUAGCCUUUGGCCACUCCAGCUUCCCCUGACA